AUUUAUUUUAUUUAUUUUUUAUUUUUAUUUAUUUAUUUAUUUCUCUCAAAAUUCUAAAUUGUUACAAUUGACUCCAACAAUAGGACGCGUCAUGUCGAAACCAAUUACCUUUGUUACGGGCAACGCCAAGAAGCUAAAGGAAUUAGUCGCAAUCUUAGGCCCCAAUUUCCCGCGCACCAUUGUGUCCAAGAAAGUAGAUUUACCGGAGUUGCAAGGCGAUAUUGAUGAGAUAGCUGUAAAUAAAUGCAAGGAGGCGGCGCGUCGGAUGAAUGGUCCAGUGUUGACGGAAGACACCAGCCUGUGCUUUAACGCUCUAGAGGGCUUGCCAGGGCCAUACAUCAAGUGGUUCUUGGAGAAGCUGAGGCCAGAGGGAUUGUACAGGCUUCUUGCCGGAUGGGAAGACAAGUCCGCGGAGGCAGUGUGCACAUUUGCCUAUUGCGAAUGCGCCGAUGCAGAGCCGAAGCUGUUCAAGGGCGUUACAGAGGGUGUGAUCGUACAGCCGUGUGGUCCCAGGGACUUUGGAUGGGAUCCCGUGUUCCAGCCAAAGGGCUAUCAGAAGACCUUUGCUGAAUUGCCCAAGUCGGAGAAAAACACCAUCUCGCACCGUUAUCGGGCCAUGGCACUGCUUCGAAAGCACUUCGAGACCAAAGACAACUAAGACCUUGCUUUUUAUAACCUAAGAAUGAUUUUAUUUAAUAUUUAAUAUUUUAUAUUUCGACGAUGAAGAGUUCAAAGUGGCUGCAGCCGCAGCCACCACCACCUCCUACGAAACUCAGCUGGGCGAAGCCAAGGACGAGGUAACCACUUUAAAGCUGCGUCUACUGAAUGCCUUGGGCGCCGAUGAAGUCGUCCAGCUACGCUGGCCCUCGGACACCAAGCUGGAGACCCUACGUUUGUACAUUCGCCAAACGCACAAGCACAUCCCACAAGAGGGCUACAAGCUCAUCUGCGCCUUUCCGCGCAAGUCGCUCGAGACGGAGCACAACCAGAGCUCGCUGAAAGAACUCGGACUGCAUCCCUCGGCCAAUGUGCAUCUCACUCUAGACGACUAGAUGGUGGUCGGUGGCACACGCUUGGUUUCACUCCAUCACUCUGUCUGUCCAAACAAAGCAGCGCAACGCACUUUUCAUAUAAUUUUUAGAAUUUGGUCUCUGGCCCGUACCCUGUACCCCCCAUCCCAAAGCUCCACACGAAUUUAAAUGCUUUCUUAAAUUUAAGUAACAAUACAUUGAAUAAAACGCACUCUACUAGGAAGGC